CUAGUCAGUGCCUUACACGAUAUCCUGGAGGUUACACGCCGCGCGUAGCAAAGUUUUUUCGGGGUAGCACCAUCUGUUUUGCGUAGUGUUCUUUGUUGUUUUUUGGACUGUUGAUGUACAACGUACUGCGGUUAUUAAUCGUGGACUUGUUUUCGAGAUGACUGUUACUGGGAACUUCGGGAUAAUGCCCAGGCCAUGCUUUUCCGGAUACCCUUUCCAAGGUGAGAAUCCGGGAUUCGGUCAAGGUCGAGUAAAUCAGCUCGGUGGAGUGUUCAUCAACGGCAGACCUCUUCCAAACCACAUCAGGUUGAGAAUUGUGGAGUUGGCAGCUUCGGGAGUGAGACCUUGUGUGAUUUCUAGGCAACUUCGAGUUUCUCACGGUUGUGUCAGCAAGAUACUCAACAGAUAUCAGGAAACUGGUUCUAUAAGACCAGGAGUCAUUGGCGGUUCUAAGCCUAGGUUAGCAACGCCCGAAGUAGAGCAUAGGAUUGAGCAGUACAAGAGAGAAAACCCUUCUAUCUUCAGUUGGGAAAUCCGGGAAAGACUAGUCAAGGAAGGCAUCUGCGACAGGAGCACGGCACCUAGUAUAUCCGCGAUCUCAAGACUACUUAGAGGACGUGGAGUAGAAUCUGAUGAUAAAUCUUCCGACAACGAGGCAGGUUCGGAUUGCGAAAGUGAGCCAGGCAUACCUUUAAAGCGAAAACAGAGACGUUCCAGGACUACUUUCACUGCUCACCAAUUAGACGAACUCGAAAAAGCCUUCGAGAGGACUCAAUACCCAGAUAUCUACACCAGAGAAGAACUGGCACAGCGUACCAAACUAACUGAGGCUAGAAUACAGGUUUGGUUUAGCAACAGGAGAGCGAGACUUAGGAAGCAACUGUCAUCAUCGUCGACAUCUUACUCUUCCAUGGGCGUUAUAGGCGCACCCUAUCCUGCACCAGCAACCCCUUACAACACCCUGGGACAAGCCGUAGGAGAAGGAGGCUUCCCAAAUGGCAGCAGUUCCAGUCAAAUGCAUUAUGCAGAUGGCCGCAUGUAUACCUUUUACGUGUCCGACUUAUACGCAAGCCACUCUACGUCACCAAAUCUGCCAAAUCCACCAAUGAACCUACAGAACCCUUAUUCUUCCUCCUCCAUAUAUCCUCCACACCAUAUUCUCCCAAUAUCCCAAAGCAUGAAUAUAACCCCCGCGCAAACCAGCUGUGUAUCUUCUAACCCCUCUCCCGAAACACUUCCUUCUUCGUCGCAUUUUGCAUCAGGGAUCGGAUGCAAGGAUACCAACGGCAACAACUUAGGACAGUCAUCUAGUCCUAACAGCCAUCAUGAUGGUUAUAUGCCGAACAUGCCUAUAACUAACGGAAGUUUGGCUAUCAUGGGAUCAAAUAGUGGAAGCAAUGCGAAUGAAAUACCACCCUCAUAUUCAGAAAACAACCCCCAAAUACAUUCCAUCGGCAACCAGUGGAUGAUGUCACCCAAUCAAAUCAAAAGAACCUCGAGCCCCAUAGAAAAUCAGUCUUUUGUCCCACCAACAUGUCAGCCCGUUUUUUCAACCUUCGCCCAAAAUAAUAUCCACAGCACUGCUAUGAGUUAUCAGGCUCAAAAUCACGCGAAGAAUUUCGGUCAACCUUUCUAUGGGUGGUACUGAAGAAGUAAAUAUAUGUUCUCAAUACUCACAGUUCUAAACUUCACCUUUAAUCUGUAAUACUUGUAAGAAAAUACUUUCUAAGUUCUCUCCCUUUCUCUCUAUUUUAAAUUGACUUCUUGUUGUUGGUAUUUUGUAUAUAAAUUAUUUGUAAAUUAUUCAAUGAGUGUUUCUCAUCUUUUUGUAAGUAUAUGAUAGUAAAGUGAAAUAAUUGUAUAUUUGUAAAUUGUAUAAUCUAUUAUUUAGUUACCACAUUUGUUAAUUUACCUAGCACAAUAUCAAGUCAUGAUUUAAAUAUGUACAAAAUGGUAUA